GAAGAACUUCCUGCGGCUCCGAGCGGAAGAGGUGGGCGGAGACCGCUGCUUCCCAGGGCUGGAUGGCAAGGAGGGCCCUGUGAAUCACCACAAAGAAAGACAGCAAUGGACGUACCCCAGCAAGAAGAUCAAAGGUGCUCCGCAGAAGGAUCAAAGGCACCUAGCAUUUUCCAGCUGGCUAAUCAAGAAUUUGAAGGCAGCGAGUUGGAAAGCGAGAGCACAAGCCGUUCAGGGGGCAUGCUCCUGAAACACCCUGAGCUCAGAACAUCGGAAGAAGCACCAAGGAGUCCCAGAGUCCGGCUGGGAGGGGCCCCAUCCAGUGAAGGUUCUGAUGUCCCUCGGAGCCCGUCUUCUGGGCCUUCUGAGCAGGUGGCAGCGGCAAUUGAAGACAUGAAACGCCUCAUGGAAGAGUUUGGUGUGGACCUGGCCACCGUGACUCAAGCAUUUCUGAAAACCAGUGGGGAAGUCACGGCCGUAGCCCACUGUCUGCAGCAGACUGGCUCGCCUUCAGAGGACUGCCUGCCUCUUUGGACCAGGCAGGAUGACCUCGACCUGCUGGCAGGCGACGAUCAUCUCAGAAGCAAGCUUAGAGCUAAAUACGGAGAAGAGAACGUGAACAGCCGCGUGGCAUUCAGGAAGACCUAGUUUGAGGGAAGUGCCUUUUGUGAGGGUUACUCUCCUUUCAGGGAGGGAGUGGGGAGUAGAGGCUUGUAGGACCAAGGCCAAGGACUUGCCUCUGAAUCUCCGCCAUGACCAAAUGGACUGUUGUGGCUCCAUUCUGCCAACUGUAUAGAACAGGGGUGGCCAACGGUAGCUCUCCAGAUGUUUUUUGCCUACAACUUGCAUCAGCCCUUGCUGGCUGGGGCUGAUGGGAGUUGUAGGCAAAAAACAUCUGGAGAGCUACUGUUGGCCACCCCUGGUAUAGAACACACAUACACCCCGCCCUCAGGGUUAUUUCUUGUUAUCACAAUGGCAGCUGUUUGGUUACUUUUGAGCAGGCAAUAAAACUGUAUGAAUCUGCCCUUUUUUUACAA